GAUAGCAAGGUGAGUGCGGCCUCCUCCACUACAGCGAGCUCACCUGGCUCCCCCAGCACUGGAACUCGCCUCUGGGAAAGGCUCACCCAUCAAUCCGAGAUGUGAUCACAGCUGCCAGGACUUCUGUGAUGAGGAAUGAGUGGAAGAGAUCUUCGAACGUUCAUCACAAAUCACAGAGCAGAUGAUGCAGAGAAACUGGUUAUAAGAAUGAAAUACGGCCUUGGAAGUCAGAAGUACAAGCCAGUUAACUAUGAACAACUUCAGGCUCUUGCUGAAGCCAAAAAGGUGGCAUGUCUUCACACUGAUCUUAAGAUUCAGAAAAUCUUGCAAGCAGGAAAAGUAAACAAAGAGCAUACACUGAUUAAUCAACAUCGGCGGGUAUGGUGGAAGGAGUACCCAAAACUGAUGGAAGUAAGGCAAAAGAUAGAAUCACAGCUUCAGCAAUUACUUGAAGAUGGAAGCACUGAAAAUGUAUUCUAUUUUGAAAUGAAAGAAUAUGGUGCAAUGUUGCGAAAAGACCAAGAAGCUUUUAGAACAGGUACAGUGGAUCCAAUCUUCCAAUUGAAGAAAGACUUGAAACAAAGGCUGAUUGAAAUGCAGCACUGUUACCAGGGUGAUGGAUUUAAUUCCUGCCAGAUACAGCAGCAGGUGGAAUGUGUAAGAAACCAACAGAAGAUGAUAACAGACAUGCUUGAGCAAGAGAGAAGCAUCUUGGAAGAACAGAUCAAAAAUAUUGAAUUUGAGGAAGAAAUCCCUCCUCAUCUUGAUGAAAUUCCAGAGGAUGUGCACUACUUAGAAUGUCCAUAUCUUGACUUGAAAGCCUCUGUUCUGCAGGAGUUCCAGAAUCUGAAUGCAAAGUACAAAUCUCAGCUAGAGGAAAUCAAUCACCAACUUAAAUUUACAGACAGGAAUUGUGGUUGGAGUGAAGGAGAUCAUUGGACAUUUCAAGUUAUUGUGGAUCUGUACUCUAAUGAGACACAGAAUCGAAAUAUGCUCUACAUGGACAUGCUGUUGAGGUUGCUGCCACACAAAUCCAGGCAAGAACUGAUUGACCACUGGAGAUUAUGGGAUGGAUUUCAAUUUAAGAAAGAGCACUGGAGGGUUCUGAUUCAGAGCUGGACCCGUGACAAGAAGGACUUGCUUAUGAAGACAGUGAUGAUAUUUGCUGAAGCUUGUAUUGCUCAUGAGACUGACGUGUUGCUGGCAAAUGACAGACGGAAGCAGCAAGAAAUCUGUGCUGAAUUAAACCACAAGAUAAAGCAGUACUAUGCUGAAAAGCAAUGUAAGAGGGAAGAAUUAGAACAAAAACAUCAGCAGCGACUUCGAGAAUUGAAAAACGAAAUGGCAGAGCAAGCUGAAAGGGACAGAGAGCGUGUAAAGCACCGACAGGAAUUGUUACAGAAACGUCGUCAAGAAAAGAAAGCACUAAUUUUGCAGCAAAUGCAAGAGGAAGAAGAAAGGCAAAAACGUCUUGAUGCUUACUGGCAGAAGUUUUCUGUCACUGCUCAGUUUGAUCCUGUCAGGAUGAUGGGUGACACAGAAGCAUCAAAAGCCCGAACUGGAAUCGGGGCGCAAGAAGAAUUUCCACUCCAAAAGCCUUUAUUUCAUUUGUGCACAUACACAGAUAAACAGGUAGUAGCUGAUCCUCGUGUUCGAAUUGAACAAGCGCUACGAGAAGCAGGACUCCAUAAUACAUUUUAUGCACGGGAGGUUUUAUCAAAGAUUCCUCCAGCAAGACCGCCAAGGAGAGACAUGGAGUCUACUCUUUUUAAAGACUGAAUUUACUUCAAGUUGUAUAGCCAAAGUUUUUUUUUAUGAACAUCGACACCAUGGACACUUUUGAUAUUCAAGCAGAACUUCAUGAGGAGUUGUGAUUUGGUCACCAUCAAAUCGAUUUAAUAAAGUCACACAGACGACAGCAGCUGAGAGAAGAAAAAUGUUAAUA